AUGUCGCGUUAUCACCAGCUCACAACCGAACAGCCCGCGAGCGUCGUGGACCUGAACCUGGCCCCCAACACGUCGUGUGUCCUCGUCAAGAAGCAGACCAUCGAGGUCCGCCCUACCCCUCUGCCCAUCCUUCAGCCCGAUGGCAUUCUCGUCAAGGUCAUGGCAUCGGGAAUCUGUGGCUCAGAUCUCCACAACUACCUCGCUGGCGGCGUCGGUGGGCGUCCUGUGACUGAGCCACUGGUCAUGGGCCACGAGAGCUCUGGCGAGGUCAUUGCCGUGGGCGAGUUUGUGACCACACACAAGGUCGGAGACCGCGUUGCUAUCGAACCGGGACUCCCAUGCCGCAGGUGUGCCAACUGCAAGGCUGGCCGCAUGAACAUCUGCCUGGACGUCAAGUACUGUGGCGCCCCCGGCUCGGUCGGCAGCUUGAUGCGUUAUUUCGCCUUGCCAGCGGACAUGGCCCCGCACCUCCCAGAGAGUCUGUCGUGGGAGGAGGCUGGUUCGCUCCAGCCUCUGGCUAUUGGUGUCGCAAUCGGUAUCCGUGCCGACCUGCGCGCCCACCAGACCCUGGCCAUCAUGGGCUGUGGCCCUAUUGGUCUCAUCACCGCUGCCGUCGCGCACGCAAACUCGGCCAAGCUCAUUAUCGGCUUUGACAUCAACCCCAAGCGCUGCGAGUUUGCCAGGAAGUACAUCAGUCCCAUUACUGGUCGUCCUAUCUUUGACCGCGUCUUCCAAGUCGACAGCCUCCCGACGACUAGGAAGAGCGCCAACGGCGCCAAUGGCCACGACGCGCACGACGAGAACGUCGGCGACGUCAAGUACGACGCGGCCAAGGAGCGUGCCAAGGAGUACCUUGCCAUUAUGAACGUCGAGGCAGAUGGCGUGGACCGUGUCGUCGAGGCGAGCGGUGCCGAGGACGCCGGUCUCUUGGGUAUUGCCAUUGCCAAGCAGGGUGCUACUUCUGUUGUCACAUUCACCAUGCUCACACCCUCCCCAGACCUCGCUGUCGGCCUCGGCCACCACCAGACCAACAUCUUCCCCACUCUGGCCGUCACAAAUAAGGAAAUCGAUGUCAAGGGCAUCACGCGCUACACGUCCACUUGCUUCCCCAACGCCAUCGACCUGGUCCGCCGCGGUCAGGUCGACCUCAAGCAGCUCAUCACCCUCGUCCUCCCGCUUACGGAGAGCAAGAGGGCUUUUGACGCCGUGGCGAGUGGCGAGGAGAUUAAGGUUAUCAUCAAGAACCAGGAGUGUUGA